AUGGCUACGCCCACGCCGGGCGGAUAUCGCUCCGCCACCGAAUACUGUUUUAGCGAAGAACAGGCUGACGCCAUUGUUCGAACCACUGCCUACUAUCGCAAAGACUACUGUCUCUCUGUGAUCUGGUUCCCACCUCGUGAACAUGUCGAUAUUCGUCUGUCGGUAGCAACGCCGUUCCGGCUGACUUCGAACGUUGGACUCGGCUCUCUCGGGCGGCUACCCCUCGAGCUCUUGCAUGACACAUUGUUCCAUCUGGAUAUGCAUUCUAUAUUCAAGUUUCGACAAGUAAAUAUCAGAUCGAGACAGAUAGUAGACUCUCUCAAGGAGUAUCAGAUGGUAAUCGCGCAUGGACUGAAUCUUCUCUGCGCCUUGUUAAGAACACGACUUGCUAUCGUCACUUCUUUAUUCGACUUCUACGAGGCACUUUGUACGAAAGCCUGUACUUAUUGUGGAGACUUCGCCGGAUUUAUAUCGCUCUUAAAUUGGAAGCGAUGCUGUUUCAAAUGCCUCCAGGAAGCUCCGGAAACGCAAGUACAAACUCUUGCCGCUGUCCGAAAGCAUCUCCACUUGACUAAAGUCGAAUUGGACGGAGUGAGGUCAUUCAAGACCUUGCCUGGAAUCUAUUCGAUGAAGGAAUCUGUACACAAAUCUCGCAUUGCGAUUGUUUCUGUCCAGCAGGCUAUCUUGGCUUGCAGACAGUACUCGCACGUGGCACAAGCCUACUUAGCGAUCUCAGAACUAAAUCCAAAAUUCAGCUUUAUGGCGUCCUGUGCACUCCCGUAUUACGAUAAGCAGACUGGCCAAGUUGAACACGGAAUGUCGUGUGCUGGUUGUCAACUCGCUCUCGAAAGAGACAUCAUCGGCACUAGGGGCGAGAAAUGGGCAUUUGAGGCUCGAGACAAAGUAUAUGCACGAGAUAGUUUUUUGGAACAUUUUCGAUGGUGUGAACAGGCACAGCUCCUCUGGAGGUCGAGUGGCGAGGGUAACAACCGGCCAACUGAGCUACCUGAGGCUGCUCGGAGAGGAGGCUACUUUAAUAAAAGAGUAUAA